AUGAGUUCUUCCACCGCCGAGGGGUUCAAUCCCCCUGAAGUACCGGUAGACGUGCUUCUUAUCAAAGUCAUGUCGCCGGUCUCCGGCUUUCCACGAGACCUCACCUUCCGGAUGUUAGCGACAUCCACCAUUAAAGAUGUCAAGGACCAGAUUGCUGGUUCUCUAGAUUCAAGACCACCGUGUGACCAACAGCGCCUAAUCUAUCGGGGGAAGAUGAUGCAAGACGAGAGCAGACUGGAAACAGUCCUCGGGCUUGACUCUGGACAGGUCGGAAGCGUUAGUUCAUUAUAUCCCUCACAUCGCCCUCUAUCCUACCCCCUUCGCUGACCGUAUUUACAUAGGAUCUGAGGGAAGCAUUUACCUUUCACUUGAUGCUUCCGCCUCCACCUAGCCCCGUGCCAGCCCCUGCGCCUGCGACCACGCCCAUAGUACAAGACACGCUUCCCAAUGCCUCCACUUUCCAUACGAGGCCUGGGCCCAUAACCCCCAUAUUCAGCGAACAGAUUCCCGAGGAAGGCACUGCCCAUUCGGGGCCCGGGGGGCUCGCUCGGUCAGGGCUGCAAAGACCGGAAGGGUUGCAGCAGCAGCUUCGGCAAAGACGAGAACAUCUAAAUUCGAGACUAGGGCCUGAUCAAGCGAGCAGUAGUGGAGCAUCGGCUCCUGGAGCAAGCAACUAUGAUCUAGCGCCGGGAUCGGAAACUAGUGCCUCCAUGACCCCAACCAGAACACUCUCGGCGGCAAAUACUGACAACGGCGACUUUUAUUCAGGCUCUCUUUAUGGGCCUUCGCGGGGAUAUGCGACAUCGCGGAGCGAACCAGUGGCGCCAAGUCAAGCGAGAGUCGAGCAGAGACAGCCUUACGAGCGGCCGCGCGAGAGGCCUUCGCUUCAUGAUGAUACUACUACACCUCCGUUUACGCAUCUCUCUCCACCGCCUGAGCAGCUACCGGUGUUCCACCUACCAGCCAAUAACCCACAUCCUAUUACCAGGACCAGUCCAGUAUAUCUUCUGCAAGAUGUGAGCGGUAGACCUAGGGCACUUCUGUUAGGACCCCCGAGAGGCACAAAUCCCACACUGGCCGAGGUAAUAAAUGAUCUAAGAGGACCUUUGGGGCCGCCGGGCGCUGGUCUUCCUGAUCUGCGCGAACUCGGGUUGCCCCCCCUUCCAGAUCUUGCUAACCUUGGCGCUGUGGGGGGUAUUGCCGGAAACAAUCUUCUCGGCGCUGGAUUGGGUCUUGGAGACCAUUUCGGGGGUGCCCAUGCUCACCAUCGAGUCGGCUUCCACGGCGCGGCGCUGGAGAGACCCAGGCGGAUUGGCCGGCUCAAUCUUCCUGAUUUGAUACAUGGAGUUCGAGCCCAUGCAUCGAAUUUCUGGCUAGCCGUAAGACUAGCCGUCUUUGUGAUUCUGUUCACCGGAAGUGGAGGCUGGAGGAGAAUGCUCUACCUUGGCUCGGUUGCUGUGGCAAUAUUCGGUAAGCAAUGCAUUCCCAUAUCAAUUCCACACAACCUACUAACUCCCCCAAACAGUCUGGCAAACUGGUGUCCUUGAACCCUUUCUCCGCCCAAUAAUCGACACCAUCAAUCCACCUCCACCGCCGGCGCAACCCCCUGCUCCAGGCCCCACCCAGCAGGUCCCCGACCAGCCCCAACCGCAAGCCGCCGCCGGCAACCCGAACCAUGGCAAUCCUCCUCUAGAACACGCCGCGGACGCAAACGCGAACCAACUCGACCCGGCCCGAACCGCGCAAAUGCUAAUUGACCGCCAACAGAAUCGCUUCAGGGACAUCUUCCGCGGCAUAGAACGAUGCAUAAUGAUCUUCCUAGCAAGUCUUAUCCCGGGACUCCACGAACGGCACGUUGACGCCGUGGAACAACGGCAACGGGACGAAACGCAGCGACAGCAAUUACUCCAACAUCAGCAACAUCAGCAAGCUGGUGCUGCUGGGAGUGGUGACAUGGAAGUGAACGAUGAAGGUGAAGGAGGAGCGGGAGCGGGAGCGGGGCAAGUGCCUCCUCCAGCACCACAACCAGAACCUCAAAUGGACGAGGUGGAUGUGGACCCCUUGGUAGUCUUGUAG